GGGUUUCAUUCCUUUCCUUUAAAACCCUUCAUUCUACCAAACGCUCUAGGUGAAAAGUGUCCUCUUUAGAUUGGUCCAUUAUUAGAAAAAAAAAAACAAAAUACUUCAAUUGGUGGGCUGAUAUAUAGAAACAGAUAAGUGAAGACUCAACCAUUUUCUCUAUCCUCUUCUUCAAGCUCAAGCUCGAGCUCGACAACAAUGGCGUUAGCAUCUUCACCUAGCUUCUCUCUCAUCAAUUCACACUCUUUUUCAAGCAAACCAUUCUCUCUCUCCUACACCACCUUCACCUCUACUAAGUUCACGCGCCGCCGCAACUUUCGCCGUUUACCGCCGCCGUUUAAAAUUCUCGCCGCUACAACUCUUAAUUCCGACAAUGGAACUGUUGUUUCCGACUCCGAAAACCCUAAAGACGCUAAUUAUGGUCGCCAAUUCUUCCCUCUUGCUGCUGUUGUUGGACAAGAUGCUAUUAAAACUGCACUUUUGCUUGGAGCUAUCGAUCGUGAAAUAGGAGGGAUAGGCAUAUCAGGAAAGCGAGGGACAGCCAAAACAAUUAUGGCACGUGGUUUACAUGCCAUUCUCCCACCUAUUGAUGUAGUUGUGGGUUCCAUUUCAAAUGCUGAUCCAUCCAAUCCAGAAGAGUGGGAAGAUGGAUUGACUGAUCGUCUUGAAUAUGACUCAUCUGGCAACAUAAAGACCAAAGUUGUAAAAUCUCCAUUUGUACAGAUUCCUCUUGGUGUUACGGAGGAUAGACUUAUUGGGUCUGUUGAUGUUGAGGAAUCUGUGAAAACAGGAACUACUGUUUUCCAGCCUGGACUUCUGGCUGAAGCUCAUAGAGGUGUCCUAUAUAUUGAUGAGAUAAACCUUCUGGACGAAGGGAUCAGUAACUUGCUCCUGAAUGUUUUGACUGAGGGUGUCAAUAUUGUUGAAAGAGAAGGAAUCAGUUUUCGUCACCCAUGCAAGCCCUUGUUGAUUGCCACCUAUAACCCAGAAGAGGGUGCUGUACGUGAGCAUUUGUUGGAUCGUGUAGCUAUUAAUUUGAGUGCAGAUCUUCCAAUGAGUUUUGAUGACCGUGUUGCAGCUGUUGGAAUUGCAACACAGUUUCAGGAACAAAUAAAUGAAGUAUUUAAAAUGGUUGAAGAGGAAACAGAAUUAGCUAAAACACAGAUCAUUUUGGCACGUGAGUACUUGAAAGAUGUUACUAUUAGCAGGGAGCAACUAAAAUACUUGGUCAUGGAAGCAAUGCGAGGUGGUUGCCAGGGCCACAGAGCUGAGUUGUAUGCUAUGCGUGUUGCUAAAUGCCUGGCUGCUUUUGAAGGACGUGAAAAAGUUAGCGUGGAUGAUCUGAAGAAAGCUGUUGAACUGGUAAUUCUUCCUCGUUCAAUAAUUCAGGAAAGGCCUCCAGAAGAUCAAAAUCAGCAGCAGCCACCACCACCACCACCACCUCAACAGAAUCAGGAUUCAUCUGAGGAGCAGAAUGAGGAAGAAGACCAAGAGGAUGAGAAUGAUGAAAAUGAUGAGGAGAACGAACAACAGGAUCAGUUACCCGAAGAAUUUAUCUUUGACGCAGAGGGAGGUUUGGUGGAUGAGAAACUUCUUUUCUUUGCUCAACAAGCUCAGAGACGUAAAGGGAAGGCUGGGAGAGCAAAGAAUGUCAUAUUUUCAGAGGACCGAGGCCGCUACAUUAAGCCAAUGCUUCCAAAGGGUCCUGUCAGGAGAUUAGCCGUGGAUGCAACCCUUAGAGCUGCUGCUCCGUAUCAAAAACUGAGGAAGGAGAAGGAUUUGCUCAAGGAAAGGAAAGUUUUUGUGGAAAAAACAGACAUGAGAGCAAAAAGAAUGGCUAGAAAAGCAGGAGCUCUGGUUAUAUUUGUGGUUGAUGCUAGUGGGAGCAUGGCAUUAAACCGUAUGCAGAAUGCAAAAGGUGCAGCACUCAAGUUGUUGGCUGAAAGCUAUACAAGUAGAGAUCAGGUUUCUAUCAUUCCAUUUCGCGGGGACUCUGCAGAAGUUCUCCUACCUCCUUCCAGAUCAAUUUCAAUGGCAAGAAAACGUCUUGAGAAACUUCCAUGUGGUGGAGGUUCUCCUCUAGCUCAUGGUCUUACAAUGGCUGUGAGGGUCGGGAUGAAUGCAGAAAAAAGUGGAGAUGUUGGCCGCAUCAUGAUUGUUGCUAUAACUGAUGGUAGAGCAAACAUAUCACUAAAAAGAUCUACAGACCCAGAAGCAGCAUCUUCAGAUACCCCUCGGCCUUCAUCAAAAGAGUUAAAGGAAGAGAUUCUUGAAGUGGCUGGUAAAAUUUACAAAUCAGGAAUGUCACUGCUUGUCAUUGACACAGAGAACAAAUUUGUAUCCACCGGCUUUGCCAAAGAGAUAGCCAGAGUAGCUCAGGGAAAAUACUAUUAUCUGCCUAAUGCUUCUGAUGCUGUAAUCUCAGCAACAACCAAGGAAGCCUUGUCAGACUUAAAAAACUCGUGAUUACAUACAUAGGUCAAGUUGUCAAUAUCGAAAGCAAAUGUAUUUUCAACAUGACAUUUUGUAGAUCUUGAUAAAAUCAUGUUAAUAGAUCUUGACCCGAUGUCGGAAGUGAGAUUGUACCGUUGUAUUGUAAGGCAUUCUUAUUCCCAAGUGACACCCAAUAAUUUAAGCUCAAGGUUGAUCAUCA